AUGAAACAAUCAGGAGGGGUAAAGAAACCAAAGGUCAUUAAUGGUAGAGUAAGUGCUAAAAAAGCAGCUAGUUAUUUACAUUCAAUGCAAAAACAAGUGCCGGCUUCAUCAUCAUCAUCAAACUCAAAUUCAAAACCAAAUCUACAUUCACAUUCUGCACCCAAAUGGAAUCCAAAACAUUUUAAGCUAUUUAUAGGUAAUUUAGGACCCGAUGGAGAUGAAGAAUUAUUAAAGAAAUCAUUUGAAAAGUAUAAAUCAAUGAGUCAGGUAUAUGUACCACUAGAUAGGAAAACAAAUCUAAAUAAAGGCUAUGGGUUUGUUUCCUUUGCCAAAUCAGAAGACUACUUACAUGCUUUUCAAGAGAUGAAUGGUAAGUAUAUAGGACAACGCCCUGUCCAGUUAAAGCGUGCCAAAUAG